CCACCCCGGCUGUCGACGCGACAGUGCGGAGAGUCAAUCGCACGCACGCCGCAAAAUAGAAGCGGCCGACUCUUAUUUAACAUGGUCGACCGAGCCGGCGGCACCUCAGUCCUCCACCGACCGUAACAAAGCAUUCGCAUUUUCCUUCGCUGAUUCCUCGACGAAUCGGCGAGUCCGCCGCAGGAUUUCACGGUGUUAGACGCCGACAGGGUGAACGAUCAUGGUGUUUUCGGUCGCUACUCUCGGCCUUCUUCUCCUUCCAGGAUUGUGUCUAGGCGAGGACUUCGGUUACGACGGAAAUCAAGGUCCAGAGCAUUGGGGUGAGGAGUAUAACGGAUGCAUCGGGAAACAUCAAUCGCCCAUUAACAUAGAGGAGCAUAAUGUGAAGAACGUGAGUCUACCACCGUUGAAAUUGUAUGACGUUGACAAUCCGUCCCUUUCAUUCGUGACGAACAACGGUCACACAGUUAUGCUGAAAAUCAAUGCAUCUAAAACGCCCAUGAUAACCGGAGGACCUUUAGGGAAUAAUUUCUAUGUCUUUGAGCAAUUGCACUUCCAUUGGGGAGAAAAUGAUUACGAGGGAUCCGAAGAUUUAAUCAACAAUCAUUCGUUCCCGAUGGAAAUGCAUGCCGUUUUUUACAAGGAAGAUUACAAGUCGAUGAAUGAAGCUCUUAAACAUCCCGAUGGUUUGGGUAUUCUGGCAUAUCUAUACGAGGUAAGUCCGAAUUCAAACCCAAUGUACGAACCUAUCGUAGAAGUACUACCUGAUAUAGAAACGGUAGGAAAUGAGAAAGUAUUGCGAGAGCCCUUGCUGUUGGAAAGAUUGUUUGUACCGGAUAUUACUACUAUACAAGACUAUUUCACGUAUAACGGCUCAUUGACAACUCCACCUUGUCUCGAGGUAGCUAUAUGGAUUGACUUUAAGGAUCAUCAGCGCUUGUCGCAUGAACAGUUAGCUGCUUUUCGCGAUUUACGGACUCAAGAAGGCAAUAAAAUGACUCACAAUUUCCGACCGGUGCAGCCUUUAGAAGAUCGAAUAGUUCUUCACAAUAUUCCAACAAGACAGAAGUAUAUUCCUCGCAUUUAUCAUCGUUUCGAUGAACACUCUGGACAGCGCAAUGUCAAAGUGCCAUUUUCCAUCAUCGCGCUAGGAGUCUUUUUUACGAUCCUUUUGUUUGCCAUAUGAACACCUCGAUGUGAAAUAUUCUAGUCAAUGACGUCUUUCACUUGCUAUCUUAACCUUUAUUGGUAGAAUGAUGCAAAAUUGACAAUUAUUAUUGCACAAGAAAAGAAAGAUCAGAAAUGAAUUUAAUUUUGCAAUAUCGUUUGAGGGUUAAGAUAUUUAAUAGAGCAAAUGUUCAGAAAAGAAUCUUUUCAUAUUUCUAUCACAAAUACUCUGAAUAUUUAAUUUGAAUAAAUUGAAUAUCAUCUCUUCACAUUGACACACAUACUACAUGUAUGUAUGCGCAUGUAUACUUUAAGAUAAUAGUAUUAAUAACUGUAUUUUAUGUAGAUAAUUUUUUCUUUACACGGCUUGCGAUAUAACAAUAAAUGUUAAGUAAAAUAUUGUAUUUAAAUUGAUAAAAUUUGAACUUGUUUCAUGCCAGCAAGUUCAAAGCAUUUAAUUUAUGAAGAUUUAAUUCACAAAGAGAAUUUGAUCUGAUUUGUGAUUAUAAGAAAUAAUGAGAAAUCAUGAGGUUAUUAUCUGAUAAAUCUUACAUGCUAUAGAAAAAAAUGCAUAAUUUAUUAUAAAAUAUAUAUUACCGAUAAACAGUACUUCUAUUCUUUGUUAGUCUCAUUUACAUAAACUGCUAGAUUUUGUUGGCCUUGUUUGAGACGCGCUCUCACUUCUUCUGCUAUUGCUUUCUGUGUUCUCCUCUCUAAUAUUUCUAAUUUUUUAGCUAUAUCUCUCUUUAAAUCCCAAUCAGGUUUUCUUGGUGCUAAAUUACUGAUGUCCUAAGUAAAUAAAAAAAUGUGUUUUUAUACACAUAAAGUCACAAACAACCCUAAUAAUAUUAUGAAGGAUGGAGUUAGAAAAUAUGUAUGUAGAAUGUUCCAAAUCACUUUUUAUGGAUUCUUUAAAUAAUUUGAACUCAAUUUUUGCAUAAUAAAAACAAUAGAGACUAAGCUUUGAUAUCAGUUUUGUGUAGAUAUAAGAGAUGAGAAGAAAUAAAUAUAAAAUAAAUUUAUGAUCCGUAA